UCAGACUUCAAUCGUACACAAUGAAUCCAUGCUGACCUGGGCAUGUUACAUAAUUAGGCACCUGUUUAAGUACCUUGGGAUUUAAACAUCCGUGGAUAUUUUCUUUUUCUCCUCGGAAAUAAUUUGAUUCGUAAUCUUACCAAUCCUUUCCAUAAAUUGUGAUCAAAACAAUAAAUAAAAGCCGGCUGAUAUGACGAGAUGGCGACAGCACCUCAUCCAAGAUCUAGUUUGCGACGGACGGCUUGUGACCGAUGUCGGCACUCCAAACUAAGAUGUCCCCGCGAAGACACCCAGCAGAAAUGCACCCGUUGCUCACGUCUCGGGCUGAGCUGCGAAGCGGCGCCGGCUAAGCGGUCAGGGAGGCCCCGAAAGACGAGCUCGGCGCCCGCGACUGCUACCACUACCGGGGGACAGCCGGCGAGUCACGCGAAUUCGGACGUUUUCCCAGCUCAAGACCAGGAGAAUCUAUCAGCGGGAUUUACCGAGGAUAUCCAAAGCGGUAACAAUGGACUAAACCCCACCGCACUCCCGCACAGCAGCGGCGAUGCCUUCUUCAACCUAUCCCCCAUCCCGCCUCCCUCCGAACCGCCCGUCCCAGAGUGGUACGGGGCCGCCACCACCACCUCCACCACCACUACUACUAGUAGUAAUCCCUUCAACCCGCUAGACAUGCACAGCCUGCUCGCCACAAAACUCGAUCAGCGCUCGUGUAUGCGCGAGCUCUCCCAGCUCAACAUCGACCUGCACGACCAAUGGAAAACACUCCAGGACCUGGAAGACGCGGGGAAGGUGAAGUUCGCGACGUUCGUGGACCACCCGCCCCCGCCCGUGGGCGACGGCGUCUCCGUGGCUGAGAAGCUGCUUCUCCUGUCACAGAGGUUCCAGCAGGCUAUUGCGAACCUGACCUGGGUUUUGCAGAGUGAGGAUGGCGGGAGGAAGUUUGGUGCGUUUACGGGUGAUGUUGUUGACGAGAACAAUGACGGCGAUGAUGAAAAUAAUGACGACGACAACAACAACGACGACGCUACCCCCACAUCCCCCAUUCCAACCCCACCAACCCCAGCACCCCACGACACUCCCGACCACCCCCUCCCAACCCCCUUCACCUGCCUCCUAACCAGCUGCUUCGUCCAGACCAUCUCCCUCUGGGAGCUCAUGUUCAUGCACGUCCAGCGGCGCACCUCCGGCAUCGACCGGUACCCCUUAUUCACCCUCCCCACCCAUCCCCUCUCCUCCUCCUCCUCCUCUCACGCAUACGCCGAUCCAUCCAAGGGCAUCCAAAUGGGCGCCUUCUACAUCUGGAGCGGCCGCCUGCAGGGGAUGUUCUUCUGCCAGGCGGUGCUGUAUUUCGUGGAGAAUAUCGAGCGGGGGCUGGGGGCGUUGCCUGAGCAACAGCGGAAAGGAGGAGGGGGGCUGCUCUCGCAUCCGCGGAACCACGAGUUCUUGCAGCGGGAGCUCGGGGGCAGCGGGGUGGGGAUGGGAAAGGGGGCAGGGGCAGGGAGCGACCGCGUGCGUGCGCUGAAGAGUCUGGUGGAGAAGUCGAGGCUUUGCUCGUUGAGGGAUGUUACGGGGCUGUAGGCGGUGUCUGCUACCUCCUGCCUGCCUGCCUGCCUGCCUGCCUAGCUGCAUGCGUACCUCUGCGCACUUCUCAGCGGUAUUUUUUAUGUAGUUAUAGCGGCCGCU